AUGGCCACCACCACGGAUACCGUACCCGCCGGUGACUUUGAGCAGCAAACUCAAAAGUUCCUUGAAUGGUUCACAAGCCAACCCGGCGCCACCUUUCACAAGGACAUCAAGCUUGUUGAUCUGAGAGACAAGAGCGCCGGCCGUGGUAUUAUCGCAACCGCCCCCAUCCCCGCCGACACAACCCUCUUCACCAUCCCCCGCGCCUCCAUCCUCUGCGCCACCACCUCCCCCCUCGCCAAAAAGCUCCCGCACCUCUUCAAAGGACCCGCCGAACCCACCGUCGCCGAGGAAUCCCCCUCCCACACCGCCGACGCCGACGACGAGCCGCCCUCCCCCGAAAAUGACGACGACGACGCGGAAGACUCCCAGUCCCAGGACUCCUGGACUUUACUCAUCCUGAUUCUCAUGCACGAGUACCUCCAGGGUUCUUCUUCAAAUUGGUCCCCUUACUUGUCUAUUCUCCCGCACCAGUUCGACACGCCCAUGUUUUGGACUGAGGCGGAACUGGCCGAGUUGCAAGCUAGUGCGCUAGUAGCCAAAGUAGGCAAGGACGAGGCGGAUAAGAUGAUUCGCACGAAAAUCGUCAAGGUGGUGCAAGAGAAUGAAGACGUUUUCUACCCUGCGGGAACACCAAAGACACAAAGGUUGGAUGAGGGGGAAUUGUUGAAGCUGGGACAUAGGAUGGGGUCGGCGAUCAUGGCGUAUGCUUUUGAUUUGGCUAAGGAGGAGGAUGACGACGAAGAUGAAGAAGAGGAAGAAGAUGGGUGGGUCGAGGAUAAAAUCGGGGGAAUGAAUGAUACGAUGGGGAUGGUGCCCAUGGCGGAUAUGCUCAAUGCCGAUGCGGUGUUUAAUGCGCAUAUUAAUCAUGGAGAGGCGUGCCUGACAGCUACGUCGCUGAGGGAGAUCAAAGAAGGGGAGGAGAUUCUUAAUUAUUAUGGGCCGUUGAGCAGUGCGGAGCUGUUGAGAAGGUAUGGCUAUGUCACGCCGAAUCAUGCGCGGUAUGAUGUGGUGGAGGUGGGGUGGGGGUUGGUGGAAGGGGGCUUGAAGAAGAUGGUGGAGGGAAUAAAGGGGAGGAAGAAGGAGGUGGAUUGGGCAAAGGUCGAGGAGUUGGUUGAGGAGCAGAAGGAGGAGGAGGGAGAGUGGGAGGAUAGUUUUGUGUUGGAACGACAGAGCGAGGAUCCGGAUUCGGAGGGGCAAGUCCACGGUGAAGCGGAGUUUAUGGGAUUGCCGGAGGAGUUGGAGGAGCAGGUCAAGACGUACCUGAAGGCUGUGAAGAAGGUGGUCGGGACGGGGGAUAGGGCGGUGGCGGAGGCGUUGGGGAAUAAGACUGUGAGGAAGGAGAUCUUGUUGGGUGGCGUGAGGAAGGCGUUGGAGGAGAGGGAGGGGCAGUAUGCUACGAGUUUGGAGGAGGAUGAGAAGGUUCUUGCGGGGAUUGAGGGCGGGAGGCCGACGACGAGGAAGGAGAUGGCUGUGUGGGUUAGGGCGGGCGAGAAGAGGAUUAUUAGGGAGGCUGUGGCGUGGGUCAAGAAGCAGGAAAAGGAGUUGAUCAAGGAGAAGGGUCAGGAGAAGGAUGAACCUUCUGCCAAGAGGAGGAAGGCUUAGAGCAAGAUUUAGUUGUUGUUGGAAGUACAUCUACGGGUAUGUUGUUCAUCCAUCGCAUUCCUUGU